AUGGACCAGCCAAACCUUCCUGUUGCAAGAAGCGUGGUGUGCUAUGCAACAUUCGUCGGCCUGGCCGUGCUCGCGACGUAUUACAUGCGUCUCAGCCCACCUUCCAAUGCAGCUGGCGGGUUCUUUGCGCUCAUCACAGAGCCGAAGCCAUUUGUCUUUCCGGAAACCGACAUAGUACUCCGGAGAACGUAUACUGGACUCGGUCCCGUCGACAUGUUUUUGUCAUUCCUUGUGGCAGCGUUCUUGCCGGGCGCUGCGGGCAUCGACAGAGCGUUUCAGCUGCAACAGAUCCACUUUCUGUUCUCCUUCCUCCCGGUGAUUACGGUCUGGUCUGUCGAGGCGGCGAGGAAGGGUAGUGGAUGGAAGAUGAUCAGCUUCACAUCUUUCUGGGCCAUCUUUUACCAGACCGUCGGCGGAGCAAUCAUCAUUCCGCUAUGGUACCUUUGUUUCACUCUCACUACAUCUACGACUGUCUACGGCAACGACAGCCACAGUAUUCCUCCGACUACAGCGAGAGGUCUUCUCCCAGCACUUCUGGUUGGAUACGUGGUUCCCACCACCCUCAUGUAUCUCCCCUUCCUGGACAUUGACACGCAGCAAUUUAUGGUCGCGCUCUGGCAACCCAGUCCGUUCUUCGUCAACAUCCUUUGGAUUUCCUACACUCGGCUUGCCGGGGCCGCGGAUGAUUCUCAGGUGGGCCAAGGCUCCAGAGGAAACGGCGAGAAGACGGUCAAGACGCUGUACGUCUCAUCCGCCGUCAUCUCCGCAGUCGUCCAUGUCGGAGUCAUAGGCAUAUGCUUGACAUCCAACGAUCCUCAGCAAAGCCUCUGGGACGUUUUCAUGCUCGAGAAUCGGGAGUCGUGGUCGAUGAGUCAGGCUUUGCUGUUCAUCUUUCAGAUCGACUUUUGGAUUAUUUUUGCAGCUUCAAUCGCAUGCGCGUGCAUCGUCGUGUGGGACCUUCACAGCUUGGGCCUUACGACGCUCGGGAUGGUGCAGGCCUUUGCAGUGAUCGCGUUUGUGAGUGUGGUUCUAGGACCUGGGGCAGCGCUUAGUGGUGUGUGGUACUGGCGUGAAGGCAUGUUGGGGAAGAAGGCGAAGAAGAAGAGCACUUAG